AACUACCCUGACAUCAGCGUUGGCCAAAGAAUAGUAGAUCACCCUAAGUUGAUUUAUAGCUCUUUAUCUUGUUAUGAAUUUCAAAUGUAGUACGAGAGGAGCUUGCAGCAGUAAGCCGGGCAGAGCUUACGGCAGGCUUUCGCGCAUCAAAAAUGCCUCCGAGGGUCCUUAAGCUAAAAGGUGUUGCUGCAGCGAGAAAUGAUAAAGCCAAAAAUCUUGUUGUUGCAAAAAUGAUGAAAGCAAGUUGUGAGCAAUUUGCAGAAUCCGUGCGAACUAUGGAUGGUGUUAUUGGGAACCAGAACCAGUCACGGCCUAAUAAUGUUAUGGACUUGAAAGAAUUCCAGAAAGUGGUUGGUGAGAGAGUGUUCCAUGGUAGUGAAGAACCCGUAGAAGAUGAAAAGUGGUUAAAGGGUAUAAAAAAGGAGUUUGACGCACAUUUAGUGGCUGAGGAAGAUAGAGUACGCUUUUCUACAUAUAUGUUUCAAGGUAAUGCAGAUGAUUGGUGGGAAUCCGAAAAGAGAAUGGGAGACGAAACAAGUAUGUCAUGGGCGCAGUUCGAAAAGUUGUUUCUUGACAAAUAUUUCCCCCCCACUAUCCGAUCCCUGAAGUGUGCUGAGUUUGCCACCUUGAAGCACGGGACCAUGACGGUUGCUCAGUUAGACAAGAAAUUUAAUGAACUCCAACGUUAUGGAAAACAUCUUGUCGAGACCCCAGAAUUGAAGGCUCACACACUAGAAGAUGCAUUGAAGCCAGGAAUCCGCGCUCAAGUUGUUCCUCUACAACACCCAACUUAUAAGAAGGUUUUGGGAGCCGCAUUAGCUAUUGAAGCUAACUGGAUAAAAGUAUAGAAGGAAAGGGAAGAAAGUGAGCCGAGUAAGAUGAAGAAUAACAACGAUUUAUCUCCUCAACGAAAACGUCCUCGUUUUGAUCCUUCUCGUUCUGGGAAUACCACCAACAAAAGCAAAGGAAAGGGUUGUUUUCAUGUGGAGAUGAUCAUCUUAUUAAAGAUUGUCCCGUUACACCACCAUCGAUGCCACCGAACGUGAAUCAACCUCAAAAGCCGACUGGACAGAAAACUAACUUUUAUGCGAGACAGCCUUACCAACCAAGUACCAAUGCGCACCCUUCCAACCAAGACAACCAAAUGUCAAGGGAAAGCUAAUCAUGUUGCAGAGGUUAGGGAGGAAGCAGGAAAUGUCGUAAUCGAGGGUAACUUCCUGAUUUAUUGUUCUCGUAUUAAAUCCUUAUUCAAUGUCGGUUUUACUCGUUCAUUCACAUGGUCAUAUCAUUUAACUUAGCCGUAUUCAUAGAUUUGAACUUGAUUCUUUCGGUUUUGUAUUAUUCUCAGAUCUUGUUGCAUCUCUAAUGGCCCGGUAAAUUAAUUAACUUGAUGAAGCCUUCGUUCA